CGCCUUUGUCGACGAGAUUGAAGAAAAAGCCCACACAACCAACGAGACUCUCCCACCCUCAUCGUCUACCUCGACACACCAACACCUCCCCUCCUUGUAACAGAAAGAAGACACUCGGGUCCCAGCACCAACCAAGCAACCAUGGAGAACGAGAAGGGCGAAAUCGUCGAUCUCUACGUGCCCCGCAAGUGCAGCGCGACGAACCGCAUCAUCAAGGCCAAGGACCACGCCAGCGUGCAGAUCUCCGUGGGCAAGGUCGACGAGAACGGCCGAUACACGGGCGAGAACCAGGUGUACGCGCUGUGCGGGUUCGUGCGGUCCCGCGCCGAGAGCGACGACAGCCUCAACCGGCUGGCGCAGAAGGACGGGUUCUUGAAGAGUGUCUGGAGCGCGCAGGCCACGAGAUAAACAAACAAUGUGCAUGUCACUGGAUGAGGAUGAGGCGUGGCGAAGGCGGAACAUGAGCUUGUGAAGAGCGCACAGAGAGUGUUAUUCGGGGGGCAAGGGAAAAGUACGGAAGGAGGCUCAAUUGAGGUCCCGACCUGCCCAUCGAGGGCUCUUGGGCGAGCAGCGCAAUGCACAGCACAUUCCAAAGACACAUUAUGUUUAUUGUGGGACGGUGAUGGAUGCAUGGCAUUCCGCAUGGCGAAGAAGAGAAUUUGCUUGCUUGGUCGCAGGGCACGGACACGGUAAAUCUGCGUGACCAGCAUGAUAGAACUGCAGACUGGGACGGCCCAGAAAUGAAAACCCAAUUCAAGGACACUCCACACACACAUGUGGCUCUUCAUCUCUGUCACAACGGUGGGGGAUCUAUAUGUUUCGCCAACAAAAAGACGAAUGUGCCGCCCGUAUCUGUGCUCUGACUCUCAACCUCGGAAAUAAAUCACAGCUCUUCAGAAGGCGGCGUUUAGGG